CGUCGGAGGCCUCAGUCGACGUUCUGCUAUCGUGAAGAGUGUCUCGUGUUCUUUAACUCGUGAAAAUCGUUUAUACGUGCGUGACAUCAACACAUAAAUACUUCGUUAUUACUUUCGACGACCCUCUGCGGAUAGGAAUUCGAUGCCGCGACGUCGAGGACUUGUCGAGAGUUAAAGAAAGAACUAUAAGAGAGAGAGAGAGAGAGAGAGAGAGAGAGAGAGAGAGAGAGAGAGAGAGAGAGAGAGAGAGGAGAGAGAGAGAGAGAGGAAGAGGAAGAGGAAGAGAUUUCAAAUCAGAACUCACACUAAAGUUCUUUUCUGUUACUCGUUUGAAACAAUCGAAAGAGUUGUUAUCAAUCAAUUCGACGUGGGAAAUUUGAAAAAAAAAAAAAAGAAAGAAAAGAAGAAAGAAAAUCAUCAAAUCGGCCGCGGAGGGAUUUUAUACUCUCGUUGGAGCAGAAUAGUUCUUAUUUAUCCCCAGUGUUUUACUCGAAGAAGAGAAAUGUAACCGGUCCGUGUGUUAUUAUUAAUAGAGAGAGAGAGAGAGAGAGAGAGAGAGAGAAAGGAUAAAAGUAAAACAAAAAAAUAACCUAGUAAAAAAAUCAUUAAAUUUUAAUACGAGGAAAAAUCAUCGGUGGCUUAAGUUCGAAUUUAUCCUCUAAGGGAUCUUAGCUUUAGCUAAGUAUAUAAGUGAUAGUAAAAAAAAAAAAAAAAAAAAAAAAAUAAAUAAAUAAAUAAAUAAAUAAAAAGCCAAAAAAAGAAAACGGAGGAAAACGCGUCGAAGUUAGAACGACGCGAUGAGGCGGCUACACGUAGGAGAUUGUUACAGGAUCACAUGGACCGAGGCUCGACGUAGCUCGUGGCCGUGGAGAAGGAGAUUCUCAGGUCAGUCGGCCUGAGAUAUGCCAGGAUCGGCAACGGCUUCUCCGAUAGCAACGGAAACGGCUACGGCAAGAAAUCAUCAUCAUCAUCAUCAUCAUCAUCAUCACCAUCGGCCGGGUAGCCGGCACUUGCCGAUACCGAUCGAGACGAUAGAACGCCGGGUUUUUGCAACCCGACGUGAUCUUUUCGUUCCGGCCACGGUCGAUCCUCGUCCAAGUAGGGCCGUACAUUGUCCUGACUUGAACGCCUGUUUGAUCAAUGAAUCGCGUAUAGGCCUCGACGAGAUUGACUGUCGUGCCGUCCAUUUUGGUUACGCGAUUCCCGUGAACGUAGUACCGAUAAAGGAGAGUCCUAACUUGGUCGAACUUGUCCUAGAUCAUUCGUCGGAGUUGAGUACUAGAACGACAAGUUUUUUAUUGAAUCAUCACCCUCAACUUCGCGAGCAACAGCGACACCAACAACAACAACAGAAACAGGAACAGGAAGAACGUGUACAGGAACAGCAUUACCUCGGUUAUCAGGUCGAAGAGGAAUUCUUAAAAAUGGCCGCAACGGCGAAACACGACCUCCGUAGAAAAUUUCCUACGGAGACUUCGUCGUCCGGUGACGAAGACAUAGCAGCUAUCGCUAAACAAAUAAGUGAUCACGCCGAAGCGAUAUAUCAGACGUGGAAAAGCCGUGGUUUAGAACCAACGGAGAUUUUAAAUUGUCACAGUAAUGCGACGGCCGCCGACAAGUUUGGCAGUGCCCUUACACCAACCACUUCGCCCGCUAGUUCCAGUGGUAAAACCAUUGAGACGUUAAACGCAACCAGCCCUAACUCGGCGGUGGAUAUUCUCGCUCAGACCCCGAACUUGGACAAUGGUAAUUUAGAAAAGCUAGUGAACAAUUUCGUGGUCGAGGACAAAGCGAGAAUAGCCGCUUCUAGCCAAAGAUCACCCUCGAAGACUUUACCUUCUUCCAUUCAAUUUGCCUUGCAAAAAUUUGAAAGAAAUUCGACGCAGCAACAACAUCAACAAACGUCGCCGCUUAAGGGCAAUGGUUCUAUUGGCUCGAGUAACGUAACGAAACAGAGCAAUAAACAGACCAAUUCGUCCCUUCAUUCGCCGACCUUGUCUUUCCCUAAUAAACCAUCGCAAAUAGUUAAACCUCAAGUUUCGACUAAGGUACCAAGUGCUCAUCAUCAGGAAGUCUUUCUCGAGACAAUCGAAACGACAUUCCCGGCAGAUCUGACGCCUUCUAAGAUCGUACAACAAAAGAGACCGGCCAGUACGGUAGUAAUAUCAUCUUCUAUGAACUCUAGCUUAAACUCUGACGGUGCUGGCUCGAAUCCGGGCUUGACCACGUGGCCGUUGAAAAAUAAAUUGAGCGAUGGUAAACGAUCGAACGACAACAGUCCUACCUCGGGUAGGACAACGCCGACUAGCCCUCAGGAUGGUAAAAUCAUGUCCAUUGUUAAAGAUUCCAGCAAAAGUUUGGUUCGUGGUCGUUCGAAUCGUUUAGUCAGCGACGAUGCUUUCCUCGACGAGGUGGCACGAGAAGAGGAAAGAUUGAUAAACGCAUUGAAAACGGGUUCUGUUAUAACCGAGGAACCGUCCGAGAGAACAAGCUCUUCUAUAUUUCAAUUAGCCGCACGUCAAAAGCCAGCGAUUAAAAAGGAAAAGCCUAAAGUUGAACCUGUCAAGCCAAUUAUUAUUGGACAUAAUCACGAAGGAGUGACUUUGAUACCGACGUCAGUCGCAUUGGUUAACAAUGUGACAUCGUCAGUUAAUACCGGCAACAAUACGGAAGGAAUGACCAAAUCUUUGAGCAAGGACGAGCUCUCAAACAUGUCUGUCGUCGAUUAUGCCAAAGUAAGGUAUAGAGCUGCUCAACAAAACUCACCGGGUCAGCAAAGACUCGAGGAACAGAAAUCGGUUGUUAACGUGGGUACAACGUACAGUGCUACGGAACAAUUGGUAUCGAGCGCUAGGUCAAAGUUCGAACCAGAAUUACGUAAGGAUAAUAAUAAAGAAGGGAACGUUAAGGAUGACAGAGAUCCUAUAACAUCUAGAUGGGGUCCUAGAAUAAAUUCACCAAGGCCACGAUUGGAACAAGUGCCACAUCCUGAACUGACGACGCAACAGAAACAACACAUAAGAGCUGCCGCAGCUACGGGUACUGGAAAUAAUCCGGUUAGACCAUUUCUCACUAGAGGAUCGGUCGCUGAACGUGUAUUGAUCUUCGAGAAAUGUCCUAGCGAGUUAUUGCUUGAUAAACGAGGUCCUCGACCAGCUGGUAUCGCAACGUGGAGAACUGGGCACGAGGUUCAGAGCAAGGUUCAGAGUUACGUAAAGGAAAAGACCCAGCAAAAAAGUUUACCACCACACACUACUUUACAGAGGCACGUGAAGGCGAACAGAAAUGUUCACAUACCUAGGUUCUACUUCCCUGGCGGCAAACCCACACCUCUUUCUCAACUCGAGGCUACCAUUUCGAGAAUUACUACGGCGUUUCAAAGUUUGCCAGGUCAUCGAGCCUCUCGUGCACAAUUUCACUUGAUCACGAAGGCCUGUGAUCUACCUCUUUAUUGGAAGGUACCACUUUUUCUUGCCGCUAACAAAGAUCAGACCGAACACGUAGAGAUGAACACUUUCCUUGAAUUUUGGAAGGAAUUAACGAGUACUCAUCAUGAUGCAGCUAGCAAGUUCAUUAGAAUCACGACGCGUGGUUUAAGAAACAACAUAUUACCUGAAGAUUUGAUACCAUUGGUUCAGGAUGUUGUUGAAACACAUCCAGGAUUAACAUUUUUAAAGGAAGCUAAGGAAUUUCAUUCACGUUAUGUUCACACGGUAAUCGCGAGGAUAUUUUAUUGCGUCAAUCGUAGCUGGAGCGGAAAAAUUUCGGUAGCUGAAUUACGAAGAAGUAAUCUUCUAGCAGUAAUAGCUGUUCUUGAACAUGAAGAAGAUAUUAAUCAGGUUACCGCUUACUUCAGUUACGAACAUUUCUAUGUGAUUUAUUGUAAGUUCUGGGAAUUGGAUCGCGAUCAUGAUCUUUUCAUCGAUAAAAUGGAUCUAACGAGACACAACGAUAACGCAUUAUCUACGCGAAUGAUCGAGCGGAUAUUUAGCGGGGCAGUUACGAGAGGUGGUGUAAAAAGUGGGGGUGUGAUUCAACAACCAGAAGAUAAGAUGAGUUACACGGAAUUUGUAUGGUUUCUUUUAAGCGAAGAGGAUAAAAAUCAUCCAACAGCCAUCGAGUAUUGGUUUAGAUGUAUGGAUCUUGACGGGGAUGGUUAUCUGUCCAUGUUUGAAUUGGAAUAUUUUUAUGAGGAACAGUUGCAUCGUAUGGAAGGUAUUGGACUCGAAACUUUACCCUUUGAAGAUUGCCUCUGUCAGAUGUUAGAUAUGAUUCAUCCAGCAACACCAGGAAAAAUCUCAUUAAGCGAUCUAAAGAAAUGUAAAAUGACAUCGAUCUUUUUUGAUACUUUCUUCAAUCUAGAAAAAUAUCUCGAUCAUGAACAGAGAGAUCCAUUUGCUUCGGCACGAGAUGGUCAUGAGAUGUCCGACUGGGAUCGAUUUGCGGCAGAAGAAUAUGAAUUAUUGGUUGCCGAAGAAAGUGGUAAUGACCAAAAGGAGCAAACAUCAUAUGAUUCGACGUCAGAAGAUACAUUUUCGCCAAAUCUCGAUGUCCUAGUUGGCGAGCCAGUGGAUGUUGUUUCUCAGGGUACAGAUGUUUUGUCAAAAACUCAUAAUGACAAUCUGUCGUCAUCCGUCGUUCGUGACCAGUCUAGAAAUCAACAUUAUGACAGUGGUGAUAGUGAUGAUUACGCCGAUAGCGAUAAUUAGAUUGAUUCUAUCUGAAUCUUUAUGCACCAAGAUGGGGAGGGUGGAAGGGGGAUGGUUGUGUGCAUUUGUAAUUUGUUUUUUUCUUUUUAUUUUCUUUUUCUCUCUCUCUCUCUCUCUCUCUUUUUUUGUUAUAUUUACAAUGAACGAACUGAGAAACAGCAACAGAAACUGUAAGCUGUGUUUAUAAUAUACAUAUACAUAUAUAUGUAUACAUACACAUAUAUAUAUAUAUAUUAUUCUGUUGAAUAGUAAAUGAGAGAAGGACGGACACAACCUGAAACCUUGUUUACAAGAUGAAUACCAGAAAAUGAAAUGUUAGCCAAAAAUAAUAACUUUAGUAUGACAUUACGCCGUAUACGCGAUGGUAAUUGAUGUAAUAGUGAUGUGUCAUCUUAAACACACAAACGAUCGCAGUAUUAAUGAUCAUGAAAUAAUUCUCAGUGUGUCUGUGGAUUAUUUUGAUCGUAUCGUGUAGUGAGAGUGCAAGUUCAUAAGUUGAGAAAAUUACCGAGUCAUGUAUCAAUUCGGUGGGUGUAAUUAAAUAGAUGACGCUCAUUCCAAUGUGCAAUAAAAAAAAAUAAAAAAAAAAAAAUAAAUAAAUAAAUAAAAAAUAAAAAAAUAAAUAAAUCAUAUUAGAAAACUUCGUCGAUUUACACGAUAUAAAUAAUUAUUUAAUUUACAUAAGACAUAUUUAAGCUGAAUUACCCUUAAUCACAAAUUUUAUAUCGAGUGCUAGUAAUUUAUAUCACAUGCUAAUAAUAUUCAUUCAUUGUAUAUAGACACAUAAUUUCUCGUUGUGUCCCCUAUAACACCGAAUUGAUUCACAACUUCAAAAAGGAUAAUUAAAUUUGGUCGUUGUUUGGCCAUGUGAUACAUAUUAUUGUUCAACGUGCAGAACAUACUUUGUGUACUUCAGGUUGUAAAUAGACGCAAGAAAAAUUAUUGAUUUUAAUUUUUUACUUAUCAUGGAGAGACAAUUUUAAAUGUGCAGAAUUUUUCCAAUUGCUGCAGUCUAUUAACUAUUUUACAGAUUUAUUCUUUUGAAUAGUGCUUAAUUUGCUAGUACUAUUAUAUUUGAUUAUUUCAUUUAAUUUUUUUCAUCGCUUUUUGUAAAGUAUUUAUCGAACUUUCUAUAUAGUUAAUAUAAAUAAAUAUAUAAAUGGUGAUGAUUAAUUAAUUGGAAAAACAUUUAUAUUUGAAUUAGUAUAUCGAUUAUCUUUUGGGGACUGCAUUAAUCGGAAAUGAUUUACAAGAAAAAAAUAUCGUUUUUUGCCAUUUAUUAUCUUAUAAAACAUUGAAAACCCUUCGUAACAAUUAAUAUUUAUAUAUCCUGAUUAUAUAAAUAUUUAUAAAUGGUAUCUCUCCUUUUAUAUCGAUGCUAAUCUAAUUUUAUUAGUACGAUAUAAUGUUUCAGCGUUCAAGAGGAGGAAGGAAUUAUUUUCCUAUCAAUUUUAACAUUUUCUUCUAUAUAUUCCAAAAUUAUAUAUUAUCAUAUCACACAAAAGUGUUAUUUAUAAAAUAACAUCCUUAUAAAAAAAAAAAAAAAAAUAUAAUGUAUUUUAGAGUUUAAACACAAAGAAGAUGAUAAAUUAUGAUAGGAAUAAAUAUGUGACACGAAUAAGUAGCAAGAUGUUCGUGAAUUAAUCGAAUGUUUUUACUUAUAAUAAAGAUCAUAUCUAUAACAAGAGAUAUCAGAACGGAUUUCACAGAAAAGAAAAAAUAUAGUCAUUCGUAAUAAUCACUUCUUCAAAUAUUCGAAAAAAACAUGCUUAAAAGAAUUUAACAAUUUAUUUCUAACAUUAUUUAACCAUUAUUUAAUUUAUAAGUGAAGACGAAGCUCAUUACCUUCCUCCACAAAUAGCGUCAUGAAAUGCAAUAGACAAGAGUGCAUUUGUUGCAGCAAAAUAUAUUUGUUAAUAUUUUCUUUUGUUUCUUGUUUUUUUUUUUUUGUUCUUUCUUUUUCUCGUGGAAUUCUUUAACGAAAAGAUUAUCUGUUUUAUAAAAUCGAAGAUCAUCAUAUAGAGUUUAUGCUACCCUGUUGCAUUGAACAAAUGACUUUAUCUGUAACUUUUUGAAUCUUUUUCUACUCAUUCGUAUAUAUAUAUAUAUAUAUACUUUUUAUGAGAGCGAAUUGUUUUCCUAUGAAACAUAUCAUAUUUAUUAAAUCGUGAAGGUUUAAAUUCACACUCUACUGUAUUACGUAUAAUAAAUAGAUGUUUAUUUGUGAAAUGCUCAAAUAGGGUAGUAUUUUUACUUCAUAUUUUUAUCUUUUACAUACAAACACGGAAACAUACACGCGCGCACGCAAGCGGAUGCCGUGUUGUUCAAGAAAAAAUUACUAUAUCUCAUAGUAUUGCUGCAAGAAGAUGAAUAAGCCAAAGAUGUGACACGUUUCGCUUAACUUGAACAUUAAAAAUGGAAAGUUAUUUUCUCAUAAGUAUUUCGUACACGUAAAGUAGAACAUUGUAAGUACGAAUCAUACAUUGAUGUCAUUUUCUUCCUGCUCAAAGAUCAUUUAAUUCUAGGUGAAAGACAGAAAGACACACCUACAGACCUAUAAUGAAAAUGUCUUCUGAAAAAAAAAAAAAAAAAAAAAGAAAAAAGAAAUAAAUAAAUAAAUAAAUAAAAAAUAAAGAUCGACAAAAACUGGAUGUAAGCUAUAUUUUUAGUAACAAUUAAAAGAGAAAAAGGAGUUGAAAAUCUCAAAGUUUCAAAUAUAAAACUUCCGUGAAAGUCAUUGCGUCAAAAGUAUUUUUAGUACAGUUUUUAAAUAUAAAGUAUUUUGCCAUAGGAGACCAAGGUAUUCCAUAGUUUGCGUUACAAAGACUGCAGGAUUGUACAUAUUACUUUUGUCUCCAAGUAUACUUUAAUUAAUUGCGUAAAAUGUUACUCUAGUCCACGUGUGUGCUGCAACUUAUAUACCUUUGUGGCACAUGUCAAUAUAAUAAUCUUAAGGUGUAUUAUAUUAUUUGUUUUAAACCAAACGGAGCUAAAUUAUGCAAAAUGAAUUGUAUGUAAAGUUCUGUAUUGUUAAUAGAAUUUUAUGUAGGAUAUGUAAGGGCAGUACUUCAAUACCAAUAGUUGAUAGAUAUGACUUUUAUUGUUCUUGUUAAUUAUGUACCUGUUACUCUGUUAUUCUCUAUUUACAUGAGUUAAUUAUAUCCAAAUUUAUUUACAUCAUUACUAUAUUGUAUAGUUUUAUCAACUACUGGCAUGAUACUGUUCAUUAUGAUUCUAUUUUACAUGGCUCUCAAAUAAGGUAUAAGAAAAUUCUAGUGAUUUCUUUUUCUUUUCUUUUUUAUUCACGUUGUAAGAAUGCUUUAUAUAUUUUACGAACUUAUUUUACAAAGGUCAGCACCUUACGUAGAAUUUAUUUGAUCUAUUUGGUGCUUCCCUGUUACGCAGAAAUACCAUCUGCAAAGGGAGUUGCUUUUGUUGACUAUCCAAAGAUAUAACUAUAUCAAGUUUGUUUAAUUACAUCUUUUAUAAGUCGUUAUGGUUUUUACAAUAUAUAUAUAUGUAUGUAUAUAUAUAUAUAUAUAUAUUAUCUACGCAUACUUCUCUAUAUGUCACCCUUUUAACAUCAUGUUCAAAUUAAGUUACUGUUGAGAAAAAAGAGUCAUUGAAAAAAAAAACGUCAUAAAUUAUAUAUAUGUUUACAUUUGACAAUACUCUUUAUUGUUAUAUUCAUUCAUUAUUCUAAUGGUAGGUUUAUUCUAUGUUCUAAUAUGAAAUAUUUACACCGUGCUACGGAUUUAUGUUUCCAUGCUAAUGCGCUGCAGAUGAUAGUCAAUUUAUCCCUUCGUUACUCGCAACAGGCAUAUAUAAUAUAUAUAUAUAUAUAUAUAUGCAGGUAUACAUAUAAUGCAGAUUUUCAUAUUUAUAACUUUGUAUCGAUUGAAAUUACGUAUCUUACCCUUUCAAUAUCUCACAGUAACAUUCCACGUGUCCUUUAAGCUCUAGUUAGAAAAUAAUUAACACAACACUUGGGUCAAUAAAACGUUACUGGAAAAAAAAAAAUGUAAUAAUCAAAUGUACCGCUAUAAUUUGAUAAAUAUUUAUAAAAGCUUUGUAAAAUUAUUAAAAAUAUGUAUAUUAAAAUGAUAUCCCAUACGAGUAACGGAAGGUUAAUAAAAAAAAAAAAAAAACAAUAAUAAUUCAUUGGCAUAAUUCAAACAAAGUUGAAAUUCACACGCGUGAUUAGAAGCCUCGAUUAUAAACUUAUGUUUAACAUUUAUUUACAUUUUUAUUUAUAUAUUUUAUCUGUGCAUGAGUAGAAAAAUAAGAUAAUUUUGCAAGUUAAUAAAAACAAAUGAUAAAAUUA